GUCAAUCUAGAUUCCUUAAUCCCAAUGGCCCUUUUUGCAACGAUUCAAAGCUAUGAACAUCCAGCUCUUCACAGAAACCCCAUUAUUUGUCCCAAAAGUCCCUCUAAAAACCCAGUUGGUAGCCUCAGAUCAAUUAUAAUUCCCAUGAAAAACAAGUCCUUGUUACAUGCACAAGUAGCUGACUCGUCUCUAGUCCAACCAUUGCUCGCUGAAGAUGAAGCCCUAUUCGAGUUUGACGAAUACAUGGCCACCAAGGCCAAGAAGGUGGACAAAGCAUUGAAUGAGGCUGUGCCUUUGCAAUAUCCCAAGAAAAUUCACAGGGCAAUGAGAUAUUCCCUAUUAGCAGGCGGAAAGCGUGUGCGUCCAGUUUUAUGCAUCGCUUCGUGUGAACUAGUUGGAGGGGAUGAAUCUUUAGCAAUCCCAACAGCUUGUGCCAUUGAAAUGGUUCAUACCAUGUCACUUAUUCACGAUGACCUUCCUUGCAUGGACAACGACGAUCUUAGACGCGGAAAACCCACGAACCACAAGGCUUUCGGUGAAGAGACUGCAGUUCUAGCUGGUGAUGCUCUUCUGUCACUUGCCUUUGAGCACAUAGCAGCCAAGACCACAAAUGUUUCACCUGAACGUGUGAUUCAGACCAUUGUGGAGCUCGGUUCAGCUGUUGGCUCGUUAGGCCUUGUUGCAGGUCAAAUGGUGGACAUUCACAGUGAGGGCAAGGAAGUAACACUGAGAGAGUUGGAGUACAUUCAUGUUCAUAAAACUGCAAGACUCCUCGAGGCUUCUGUGGUUUGUGGAGCAAUAAUGGGAGGAGGGAAUGAAAUUGAAGUUGAAAAGAUGAGGAAGUAUGCAAGGUGUAUAGGGCUUUUGUUUCAAGUUGUGGAUGAUAUUUUGGACGUCACAAAGUCAUCCGAAGAAUUGGGAAAGACAGCCGGAAAAGACUUGGUGAGUGAUAAGGCGACAUAUCCCAAGCUCAUUGGCAUCGAAGGGGCCAAGAACUUUGCUGCCGAAUUAGUGGCUCAAGCAAUAGAAGAGCUUGCUUAUUUUGAUGGUGCUAAGGCUGCUCCACUAUAUUAUUUAGCUAAUUAUAUUGCAAAAAGGCAGACAUAG